GUAACCCUGGUGCACACACAACGUUCGGAAGAAUUGCGCAUUUAUUAAAUUAAUUAACUCAAUUGCUCAACAAAAAGGAGAUACUAAUAGUACAUAAUGCAUAAUGCCUGGAAAGCAUAGCUGUAUGGAAGGCAAAAGCACUAACUAAAAAACUAGUUCAGCGGUUCAUGAACUCAAAUUGGAACCAAAACCACUCUGGCUGUGGAACGUUGAUUACUAAAAUGGACGAAAAUAUUAAUAGAUCGGAAUGUAACCAGCCCAAAGACACAAAACAACUCAAUGAAACAGUGAACAGCAAUAGCGAUGAGACCAGCAGCAGUUCCGGUGACAUCGAAAAUAGUAGGUACGGGAAACUACGUCGUAGAUCCGUUCGCAGCUUUUCCUACCACUAUCAAUCUCUUCCCAUGCGUGUUGUGGGCGAUCAGUCUGCUUCUAUAUCGGGAUAUUCAAGCUCUGCCCGGGAUGUAACAUUAAGUUCCGCUCACAUCAUUGACGACAGCUCGGAGUCCGACUUGCACAUAUCCACCGAUACGAGCAACGAAGAGCCGCCGAAUAAACCCAUCGCAUUUGUUGGUCGGUCACUGGCAAAAACUGAUCUGGACUUUAUCAAAAAGCAACACAAACGUAAAAAACGUCCAACGAAGAAAAUAUACAUAGAAUAAUAUUUGAAUGUCAACUGUGCGCACAGGGCUGGCAAUCCAUGAGUGACGCUCGUUGCACAGCACUGCUUCAAAAACCAGGGUUGGUUGGUUCAUUUUGGAGUAGUGGUAAAUUUUUACGAGCAUAACUAUUUACACGAUUUUAUGUAAAUAAAACAAAUUAAACGUAGGAAAAUUAAAUGCAAAGUAUCAUUUCAUCCGACUUCAAAUUCAACAACUGUGUUCUGGCAUUUUUAAUCAGAGAAAUUAAAAAGGAUUCAGCUGCAAAAGAUGUUCACCUCUUAGACCAACCAUAGCUCUAGUAUUCAUUAGAAAUUUUAAGUAAAAACUAUUCGAACGAACGAAUUUGCAAGCCGUGUUUGG